AUGUCUAGAUCAAAGGUCUUUUUUGACAUCUCUAUCGGCGGGAUCCCCAAGGGCCGCAUGGUUUUCGAACUUUACAACGACGUGGUUCCUAAGACAGCGGAGAACUUCUACAAACUAUGUGAGGGCAAAUCAGGAAACUGCAAGUCGAAGCCCGAAAUUCCAUUGUGCUACAAGGGCUCGAUUUUCCACAGGAUCAUCAAGGGUUUCAUGUGCCAGUUCGGCGAUUUCACCAAUUUCAACGGCACAGGUGGCGAGUCGAUCUACGGUGAAAAAUUCGAGGAUGAAAACUUUACCAUGAAGCACGAUAAGCCUUUCCUGCUGUCCAUGGCCAACGCUGGGCCCAACACCAACGGCUCCCAGGCCUUUAUCACGUGUGUGCCCACCCCACAUCUGGACGGCAAGCACGUUGUGUUUGGUGAGCUGAUUCAGGGCAAGAGGAUCGCUCGCGCGAUCGAGAGUCAGGCCACUGACUCUGCCGACAAGCCGCUUUCCGACGUCAAGGUCGAUGAUUGCGGGGUGCUGCCUGCCGACUACGUCGUCCCUGAGGACGCAGAGAAAACACCUACAGACGAGUUCGGCGACAACUACGACGACUCCCUAGCAGACGACAGCAAGGUUGACCUCGAGAACGUCGACAGUGUGCUAAAGGCGGUAUCUGCCGUGAAGGAUAUUGGAACUUCGCUUUUCAAGGCUCAAAAGUUCCAGCCCGCACUGACUAAGUACGAAAAGUCAAGCUCCAUGCUCAAGCAGUAUUUUCCCCAAGACCUGCCUGCCGAGGACAUAAGCAGAGUGGACCAACUAAGGAUCUCCAUAUUUUUGAACAUCGCUCUUUGUGCUAUCAAGACUGGCGACUACCAAAAAGCUCUGACAUCUACCACCGAAGUGGUCCACGACGCCGCUGCGGACGACAAAUCCAAGGCUAAGGCCUUGUACCGUCGCGGCCUUGCUUACUACCACCUAAAGGACCCAGAGAUGGCUAUCACUGACCUUGAGUUCGCCACAACCUACCAGCAAAAUGACGCUGCCAUACUGAAGGCCAUCAGCGACGCUAAAAAGCUGAAGAAAGAACAAGUUGCCAAGCAGAAGAAAUCUCUGUCGAAGAUGUUUUCCUAA